UCCGAAAUUUUCUCAAUAAAUCCUCGUAUAGGUUAUCGCAAGUCUCCUCCAGACCUUUAUUUAAUAAACUGGCCAAUGAUCAUUAUGCAAAGGGUGAUCAGGAAAUUGAUAUUGUACCGUAUUAG